ACUACUACGAUUUGAUGACAGCUGCCAGAGUUGUCACUCGAGUGGUUUUGUGGACUGUGGAACAUAGUAGCGCGCUCCAUGACUUCCCAUUCCUGUGAGCUUCGAUUGCAAAACGGUUGCGCUUUUGGCACCGCGAGUGAUUGAAUGUGUGCAGGCGGCUGAGGAAAGUGGCAACGAUUCCAGGUUCGAUUUUCAGCUUUGGUUGAGUCGCUUGCAGCAGCAGCAGUAGCAGGAAGGAGGGACGAUCUGAGCUCAGGCGAAAUGGUUCGUGUGCAUUGAACACAGAUCAUGAACAUGCAUCCCGUUCAGGAGAUUGAAUGCAGUCGGAGAACGAGCAGUAAAUAGUCGUCACCACAUUCAAGCAGAUGGAUAGAUUGAUAGAUGGAUAGAAAUAUCGAUAGAUGGCUGGCUAUGGUCUGAGUCUUCGUUCGUGGGUUGUCAAACACAAGUUCUCGCGGUCAUUGACUUGCACGAUGUGCUGCUCGGCAUGAUUUGAUCGUGUUUGGUCCGAGUCAGUAGAAAGAGCUGCCCCAUGACAAAUACGGGAAUCCUUCAUUCUCCUUCGAACGCUUCUCACCAUAGUCAUCUUCUUCGGACUGAUUGUCGUUUGAUGCAAGUAGGCCGGGAUAGGAGAGAGACGAGGGCAGUCGCGAAUCAAGAGGAGCUCGAGUCGCUCGUGGAGUUGCAAAAGAGAGAAUUGCUGCUGCUGCUGCUGCGACAUCCUCUCUUUGCAACACAAUCGAUCUUCACUUCGAUUAAUCGAGCCGACGAGUGCAGGCAGCAUCGAAUUUCGGCACCUCAGCUCAAGGUAGCAAUCUCCCAAGCUCCCGAGACCCGUAAAUUGUCCGCCAUUGCUGUCAUUGAGUUGUCAUGCUGCAGAAUCGCGACCAGUCAGCCAUCGCAGUGCUCGUGAGCUCGUUCGAUCGCGAGGGGAACGCCCUCGCUCGCUCGCCGAAGCGGGUAAGAUGGGCCGGUGUCGCGCGAAGGGGCAAUCCGUGGUUCCACGAGAGGAAGAGCCGAGCCGGUCACCGAGCGACUCGGAGAGCGGGCGACCGACGGAGGCAUAUGGUGGUCCGCGAGUCAGAAACGCAAUUGUCCGGCGGGAAUUGAGGUCGACCGGGGGGCAGCAGGCGCGGUCGUCCUCCACGGAAGCGAGAGCCGCGUCGAUCACAAGCACUUCUGACAGCAGACAGAAGAGAGCGAUGGCCAGGACGAGGGGCUCUCGUUCGUCGGUCGGUCGGUCGGUCGCUCGGUCGGUGGCUCGCUCGCCUGCCCGCCCCCCGUGAGAGCCGUCACCAUCCAUCCGAGCCCCAGCCCCAAGCCCAAGCCCAACCCCCACGCAGUCGAGACAAAACCCGUAUCUGGGCAGGCAGCGUGGUGAGGGGCAAGCCCACUGGAGUCGGUCGUGUCCUAGUCAGCCCCCGGCCGCGUCCAUGGCGCUGCACGUGCGUCGACAUCGACAGCGCGCUCGUCGUUGCGUUGCGUCUCGGACCGAACCCUUCUUGUCAUUUUGUUGUCUCCUCCUUUCGAGAGAAUUGGAGCACUCGAAAGUUCAGAUCCGAUUGCCGAGUCGCAGACGCGCACGGGGGUCGAAUCUCGACUCUCAUCGCCUCUCAUCGACUCGCCGUGGAUCAGACUCUCUGACGGUCUAAAUUUGCAGAUUGCGGUGGUGCGAGAUCGAUUGUCUCGCCUCACAGUAAUCGGAUCGCGGGGACGAGGAAUGCGGAGCGGGCGUGCGUGCGUGCGUGCGUGCAAUUGAGAGUUUGGAAAUUGGAGGAUUGGCGUCUGUCUGUCUGAAAUAGCAAGAGCUGUCCGUCCACCGACCGCGAGCGAGGAGAUUCCUUCCUCCCUUCCUUCAAUCGUUUUGGAGCGAUUUUCGUCAUCAUCGAUUAAAUGCCUUUAUCUGAACGGAUCAAGAUCGUGAGCUAGUGUCACUGAUAUUGUGGCAGAUGCUCAGUGGAGGUACGGUGCCGGUGUACCAUACGUCAUCACUGCAUGCAGGCGUUUUUAGCGUUUGCGGCGGCCUAGCCAUAGAAGCUCCUAGCGACUAGAUUGGUGCUGCUGGAAAAUUCGCCCUCACCGCGCUCUCUGCACUGCACUCCACUGCAGUUCAGGUCCAGUUCCAGUUCGGUCCAGUUCAGUUCAGUUCAGUUCAGCGCAGGCCCUCCUCCUCCUCCAUCCUCCAUCCUCCUCCCUCCUCACUUCCCUCGCUCCCUCGCUUCCCCCCCCCUAAUCCCAACCCACCAUCCCUGCAUCCCUGCAUCCCUCUUGCUCUUGCUCCUCUUCCUCCUCGCGUGAGUUCGUUCGCACAGUGGACGGGGGUCUCGACUCGUGUCGCGUCCAGAAGAGCCAUCAUUCGCAAGGGCGAGAAUCCAUCAUCACGGAUCGUCGUCACUCAAUUCUCUUGUGCCGGGAUUUCGCUGAUCGCUGCUGCCUCUCUCUUUCGGUCGUUCGUCAGUACCGGUUCCUGGAAUCGUUUCCAACUGGGGCUCCUGGUCGAGGACUCCACUCCCUCCGCUCGCUCGCUCGACGAAUUGGCUCGCGAGCACAUUCUCCUGAAGCCGGGGCGGUACGCAGGCAGCGAGGCCAGGCACGCCCGGGGCAGGCGUUUCUCCCUCCCUCCCUCCCUCUCUUUAUCUCUGUCUUUCUUUCGUUCCUUCUUUCUAUCUCGCUCGCUCCUCUCUCUCACUCUCUCUCUCUCUCUCUCUCACCAUCGUCUCCCUCCACUCAUUGCAGUGCCACUUUUCAUGAGAAGGGUUUGAAGGGCCGCAGUUGAUGGUCGCGGGCCUAAGGUGUGGUCCUGUACGGUACGUGCCGGUAAUGGGUCUCAUCAUAUUCUUCCAGAUGGCUUCAAGUACUCGCAAUGCGCGCUGUGGGCUUUAAGGCAAAGGCCCUCGCCUCACAACACGCUCGCACAGGUAGAUAGAGAGAGAGAGAGAGGAGCAGCGGUGGGAGCAGGCAGCUCGCAGGACUCGAGAGAGGAAGAGAGAGAGAGAGAGAGAGAGGAGAGGGAUGGUUAGGGAUGAGGGAACGAGGUGAUCGUUGUGGAGAAGGAAGAGAAGGGGGGGUGGUACAGUACAGAGGGAGGCAAAAAGGGCUCAGAGAGUCGGCAGCCGAGGGGGAGGUGUAGAUUCCGAUACGAGUAGAGGAGAGUGAUUUAGUUUGGCAGAAUCAGGGCUCCUUAAUUUCUUGUCUUUUCGCUGUAGUCAUGGGACGCGGAAGUUGUCAGCUCUUGCAUGGUGCAGUGACGGUGGGCUCGAAGUGAUGACUGCGAGGAAUAAUCCGUUCGCUUCCGUAUGAUCCGUAUCAUACACACGUGGGAUGAAAGCAGCACUGCACACAAAGAUGGCGGAUGGAACAUCGUCUGAUAUAAAGUGACAACAGCGCCUCGAGGCAAGCAGCAGCAGCAGUAGCAGCAGACAGGAGUAGAAAAGCGCCCCAAGUCGGUUCGGGGCGCCUAGAGUUCGUUGUUCCGUGUUGGACAGGGAGAGUGCGUCGCCUUGCGGUGCGGUGCGGUGCAGUGGCGCAACGCUAGCGCCUCGAGACCCACUUCCAGCCCCAGUCCCAACCCCAGCCUCAGUCCCAGUCCCCUUCCCGGUUCCGGUCGCGGCCGCUGUCCCGUCCCGGUUGCAGGCCGUGAAGAAAGCGAUCGCUAUGCUGCCGGUUGCACGACGCGCGCGCUGUGAAAGGGAAAGAAGGAUCGGCGCCUCGGAGCAGCAGCAACAGCCCCAGCCCCCAGCGAUAAGCACCGCGUCCGCGUCCGUCCGGUCGCCAGCCCCUGCCCCUGCCCCUACCCCCGUCCGUCGCAGGCACCACCUGCACCAGAGGCGAUUCAGGUGUACCGCCGCGGGGCGCCGAGCGGGCAGAAGAUGGGGCGACGUGUGAGAGCGCAGGAGGCAGAGCGAGAGCGAGAGCGAGCGAGAGAGAGAGAGCGAGUGCGAGUGCGGAUCGGCGGAAGCGGGAGGCGCGAUGGAGGCGCGCGCGCCGGCUGACGGGGCCAAUCUGGACUCGAAGCUGUGGGAGACGCUGCCGACGGAGCUGCUGGAGCGCGUGCUGAGCAAGCUGCCCUUCCCGAGCUUGGUCAAGUUCCGCGCCGUGAGCAAGAAAUGGAACGCCAUGAUCAUCUCGCCCAACUUGGCGCCGCGCACGCCCGAGCCCAAAUCGGUGCUGCUGCACUUACGUGACUACUACGAGGGCAAUUUCUCGGGCACGCUCGACUGCGGCACCAGCUGCCUCUCCAUCCUCAACUCGCGCACCAACCGCUGGGAGGACCGCGCGCUGCCCUGGUCCUGGUGCUCGUACCGCCUCGUGGCCUCGGACGGCGGCCUCUUCUGCUUCAGCGGCAACGAGAAUAGCGAGGAUUUCGUGGUGUGCAAUGUGCUCACCAAGCAGCAGAAGUUUCUCAGUCUGCCGGCGCCGCUGCUGCCACCUCUGCCGCAGGGCGCCUCCUUCUCGCGCCCGCACGAGUACAUGCUCACGGGCAUGGUGGUGAACUCGGGCCACUACAAGCUCGUCGUGGCGGGGAUGCACGUCGCCGGGUCGCGCACCACUCUGCUUUACGACUCGGCCACCUGCACCUGGAAGGCGUCGGCGCCCGUGCCGCGGCUGCGCAGCCAGAUCGAGGGCGGCGACUGGGUGGGCGACGAGCGCAGCGUCGUGUGCAAUGGCAAAUUGUACUGGUAUGUGGCCGAGGUGAACGGCGGCUACACCAUCGUCAAGGCGGUGCUGCAAUUCGACCUGCAGAACGAGACCUGGAGCAAGGCGCAGGAGUCGCGCGAGGCCUACUGCAUGUGGCACUUCCAAAUCGCGCUCUACAAGCACAAUGUGAUGCUCGUGCACCUGAACCACGACGACGACUGGCCGCUGCAGUGCGAGGAGUGGCCCGGCAAGGCCGAGCUGCUCGGCCUUGGGCCCGAGAUGCGCUCCAUGCCGCCCGAGAUGUUCCGCGCCAUCAAGGAGAAGCAGAAGGCCAAUGGUCGCGCCUACUGCGGCGAGUACUACGGCAUCGGCCACGGCGACUUCUUCUAUCACGUCAUGCGCGGCGUCCGCCCGGGCCUGCGAAUUGCCGUCGAGGACCUGCGCACCAACACUUACUCGCUGCUGCCCUUCUGGGAGGACGGCUCGUCGUCGCUCAGCCGCUCGGAGCGCGAGAUUUGGGCCUUCUCGCCCUCGCUCCACGCUUUCGUCUGAGCGCUUUCUCUUGCAAUUUCGAACAUCGAACCGAAAUCGAUCGAUCGAUUUCGGGUCGAUUCCUAGCCGAUUCGAACCGUGGCCGCUGCUCCGUGGUGGUGGUGGCUGGCAGUCGGGAAAAAGUUUUGCGUUUUCUAGAAGCGGGUGACAUCAAAGCUGGCAUCAAUUCUUUCUUUACUAUGCCCACCCUGUCGAUUAGCAUAGCACUCGUCUAGCGACUGUGAUAAAGUAUCCAUGUAGUAAUGCUGUUUUUUCUGGGGUUACCAACAAUCGCCUUGUAUCAAUUCUUUGCAAGUCUUCUUCUUUAGCCGUCACCUGGACAAUAAGUGAAGUACUCAACACGCUUACUGGUAUACUCAAUACGGCUAGCAUCAAACCAGAGUUAUUAGAUUUUAGUACGCGAAGUAGUCGGUCGGUGGGUCGAAUGGCAGGGCGCGUUUGAGCUAGGAGUAUGCCAAAAUAAUAAAUGGGGAAUUUCUGUAUCGACCCUCGGAGGGCAGUUGGCAUAGGAGACAGAAUGGCUGCAGUCAGUCUGCCCACAAGAGUUCGCCCCGCUGACCAAUUUGAAUUUCUUGGACUUGGACUCGAUGUAAAUUCUAGCGGUUUGAUUGAAGAUC